AUGGAGCCGAAAGGAAAUAUUGCUCCUGAGCAUCAAAAUAAUCGUGCACGAGGCGUAAAUUGUACCCAAGAGGAAAAGGAUCUGUUUUUGGAAAUAAUGAGGGAGUCAGCGCCUAUUAUAGAGAGUAAAUUUACCGAUACUAAUACAAAUAAAAUGGAAAGAAUCUGGAGUGGAUUAGAGUACAAAAGAGAAAAUCUUUAUGACGGCGAUGCGGUCCCACAACUACAAGGUGAAUUUAUAGUUAUUGGAGGAACUGAAGAGCAAAAUAACACAUUAUAUGAUAUAGAUGAGGCAUCAGAGGAACCAGCUGUACAGCAAAUGAUUACAGUGGCAAAUGUGCAUAGCGAAGAGCAGAAAAACACAAAUGGUAUUUCCUCCAAAGAAAAAAAGAAACAAAAUAGAGAAAAGAAAACAAAUAAGUUAGCUGGCAAGGAAGCUUUAUUAAGAAGCAAUAUAGAAUUUAAGGAACGGGCUUCAGCAAUGUUGGAAGAAGAACAUAAAUUAAAAAUAAAAUUUCAAGAACAAGAAAUAGCUCAUCAGCAGUUGCGGCAUAAACUGGAAAUUGACAUAUUAUUAUUAGAAAAAGACAAAAAGAAAUUGGAAUUAGAAUUGUUAAAAAAAAACUAG